AUGGCCGCCUUACAAGACGCCCUGGAAUGUCUCUCCCCAACCACAUGGGAGGACAUCCCGAAGGAUCCGGACGCCCUCCGCGCCUACAUGAACGACAUCUCCAGCAAAGCGCGACUAAUCGUCGACUCGAUCCCCGAGCCACCACCACCACAACCACCCAGCGACGCCGCCGAUGACCCGCCACAGUACACACACGCGCACCCGUCCGCGUCGUGGUCACGCAUGCGCCCGUCCUCCGCCCGCACCGGCGCCCGCGACGCCGAAACCGAAUCCCUCCAGAAAGAAUGGGGCAAGCCGAUCCGCAUCAACAGCGGGCGGGACAACCCGCUCGAGAUCUCGGUGCACAAGACGCCCGGGCGUGACGGCAAGGGCCACUGGUUCGGGCGGCGCAGCGUGCAUGAGGGCCUGCCGUUCGAGCGGUGGGCGGCGAAGCUCUCGGGCGAAAUGACGGCCACGCUGCAGGCGAACCAGGAGCGGCUGCGAAAGGGCCGCAUGCCCGACCAGUCGGUACGCGGGAUCGGUGCGGAGCGGCUCGUCGAGGAGAUCGAGGUGCGCGAUCGCGACGGACAGGCGGUCGUGGGGUACGUGCAUGUGUUCCAUGUGUCGGCGCAGUUUCCGAAGCCGACCACGCCGCGCGACUUUGUGCCUGUGAUUCUGAGUUGGCAGACGAGGGUGGAGGAUAGCAGUGGCGGGCGGUAUUGGAUGAUGGUCUCGAAGCCGUGUGCGCAUCCGGACGUGCCGCCGGCGAAUGGGUAUAUCCGUGGAGAGUAUGAGUCGGUAGAGUUUAUUCGGGAGAUUCCACGGCGGAAGCGCGGGAAUUCUGCGCGGGGUGAGGACAAGCUGGAGGGCGGCCAGGGUGAGGCAGAUGGGGAGGGUGAAGAGGAUGCGAAUCCGGUGGAGUGGAUCAUGGUUACUCGAAGUGAUCCUGGGGGUAACAUCCCCCGCUGGAUGGUGGAAAAGGGAACACCGAAGAGUAUCUGCACGGAUGCCGUGAAGUUUCUCGACUGGGCGUGUCGCGACCCUUCGUCGGAGCAGCGCUCGACAAAGAGUCGGCAGUCCAGUGUGAGGGCAGGGCACACAACGGGCGUUGAUGAUACCGAUGGUGAGGAGGCCAGCGACUCGGACUUCACAGACACGGAGGUAGAGCACCAUGGUCUCAUCGCCAGUUUCUCGUAUCUGGUGAAUGCAGGUCUAGAGCGAUAUGCUCCUCAAGCGGUGCUCGAUUACCUCCCAGGCCACUCGCGCCAGCCGUCGCGGGCGAUGUCCGACUAUCACUCGUCCGCAAGGGAGGAGACCCCUCGAACGAGCGCCGACUCAGUGCCGUCGACUCCUAGGAGACUUGUGGACCGGCCCAAAAAGGAAGGAGACGAUGGCGGAUCCACCUCGACACAAGACAAAGCUGCAGCCUCUCCCUCAAUGGCUUCGAGCGUCGCCGAAAACGGACUUCACGACAUCCCACCCAUCGAGGUGAUCAAGCAGAACAAAAAUGGCAAACUGUCCUCGCACGAGAAACAUCUGGCCAAGCUUGCGCAGCGCAAACGCGAUGUCGAAUCGCAAUUAGACAAAGUUCGCAGUGAGAUACAGUCACUACAAUUGCCGUCACAGGAUGAGGAGUCCGGACGAGCCAAGGCCUCUGCCGCGGCGCUGGCCGCCGCUGACCCCAGCGCUGAUCGCGCCAGCAGCAGCACUGCGAGCAGCGUGCAUGGACAGGCUGCAGAUAACCGUUCUCCGCGACGGGGUCAGAAACGUGAGCCACCGACGCCGGAUGUUGCAAAGCUGCACAAGGUUGCCUCGGGACUGUUUCAGAAUGAAGCGAAGCUGCUCAAACAGCUAGAGAAAAUCGAAAAGAACCAGUUCAAAGAGGCGUCAAAGAUUGAAGCUCGACAGCAAAAGCAUGCAGACCGGGAAGAAAAGUCACGGUAUCAGACCGAGAACGAGUUUUUGCGCCGAGAGAUCGAGGUCCUCAAGAAAGAAAUUGGCCGGCUGCGCAGCGAGAGACAGCAAUGGCUCAAUCUGGUUGGAUCGCUGCAGACGGAAAAUGCGAAAUUGGCGGCUCGAGCUGGUGAUGCCAAAUGA